AUGUCGAUGGAUAUCACUUUCCUCGGGACAGGCUCGGCGUAUCCCUCCCCGACAAGAGGAGCGUCGGCGCUGGUCCUUCGGAGGGAAGGGGAGUGCUGGCUCUUCGACUGCGGCGAGGGAACGCAAACCCAGUUCAUGAAGAGCCACCUCCGAGCAGGUAAAAUUACCAAGAUUUUCAUAACGCACCUUCACGGUGACCACUUUUUUGGACUUCCCGGCCUGCUGUGCACCCUCAGCCUCCAAACCAACCCUGACCAAACCAGACCCCCAGUUGAUAUUUAUGGGCCACUGGGACUCCGAGACUUCAUCUGGAGGAGCAUGGAGCUCUCCCACUCCCAACUUCUUUCCUACACCGUUCAUGAACUGGUGCCCACACGGGACCAGUGCCCUGCGGAAGAAUUUAAGGAGUUUUCGGACUUAGCCAGAGAUGAGGUUUCUCUGCAAGGAGCUCAAGGGAGAAUCCUCCACCUGGAUCCAGUGGAAAAGUCCUAUUUACUGCUUGAGGAUGAGCAGUUGGUGGUGAAAGCGUUUCGCCUCUUUCACCGCAUUCCUUCCUUUGGUUUUGUGCUGGAAGAGAAGCCCCGGGCGGGUAAACUCAAUGUCCAGAAACUGAAAGAGCUUGGAGUUCAACCAGGUCCUUUAUAUGGGAAACUGAAGAAUGGAGCAGCAAUCGUUCUCGAAAACGGACUCACGAUUUCUCCUGCAGACGUCUUAGAAGAUCCUAUUCCCGGAAGGAAAAUCUGCAUUUUGGGGGAUUGCUCCGGGACGGUUGGAGAUGCAGCCGCGAAGCUUUGCCGUGAAGCGGAUGUCCUGAUCCACGAAGCCACGUUGGACGAUACCCAAGAGGAAAAAGCCAGAGAGCACGGGCACAGCACCCCAAAAAUGGCAUCGGGGUUUGCAAAACGGUGUCAAGUUAAGAAGCUGGUGUUGAAUCACUUCAGUCAGCGCUACAAACCCGCUGCGCUGAGAGGGGAGGGAGACGCGGACGUCGCCGAGCUGAAGAGACAGGCAGAGGCGGUGCUGGGUGGCCAAGAAGUCACGCUGGCUGAGGACUUCAUGACGCUCGAAAUCCCAAUGAAGAAGUCAAAAUAG